AUUGGAUGGCUGAGUGAGAACUGGGUGUUCAGAAGAUUAAUGAUUGUGGCUGAAGAUUACAACAUGUCUAAAGAAAUGCAAGAGCUGCAGAAGCAAUGGCACUUCGUGGUGCAGUCCAUCCACAGCAACUCAAAUGUUGUUGCUUUUAUGAAUUCUCGUGUUGGCCAAUAUUUAGAUGACCAUCCUUUUGUUGCCUUAUCACUCCUGAUGUUUAUUGCAGUGUCUGCUAUUCCUGUUGCAUUUUUCCUCAUUUUUGUUGUUACAACAGCCAUAAUGGCCUGUAUCGGUGUGAUAGUUAUGGAAGGUGUGGUAAUAGCCAUAGGUGGCAUAGCCCUCCUUUGUGUGCUGUGUGGCCUGGGUGCGCUUUCACUGGGAGUUUCUGGAGUACUGAGUGUUGGUUAUGUCAUUCUUUCAAGUCUGGUCAACUACUGGUGUGCUUCAAGGGGUCAGAUAAGAAAGCAAGAAGUUAAUGGAAGUUUGCCACAGAAGAGUCCUGUCCUGGAUCUUUCUGCCGAUAAUGGAAAGAAUGAAUAAGUGGGUUUCUCCUCACUGCCUUCAUAGGCACUUAACUGUACUGCUCUGACCUUUGCAAUGUAAUUGUUUACUCGUUGAGCAUUCAGCCUUUGUGCACUCCUUAUGGGAACUGAAAAAAUCAAUAUGCAUCUUACAUUGUCACUGUAAAACUAGCAUUAAGAAUAACCAUUAAGCAGCAAUGCAUUGCGAUACUGAGUCUAUGUGCAUGAUGGAAUGUUCCACAGAAUUUGGUAAAGGGAUGUAAUAAUAACAACUACUGUUAAGUCAAUGACAGUUAGGUGAAAGAAAGGGUAGAUAGCUAUUUGACUUCCCAUCUGUUACUGGAGUUCUGAUGUACUAUCUUUUGAAAUUUGUAUGCAGCAGUUGGUCAUUUUGAUACAUAAGUGUCAAAGUUCAGAACACUAGAAAUGUUUUGAAUGUUAAAAAAUUUUUAAGCCUUAACAGCCUUUGUUAAAAUAAGCACACCAUGCUAAUGUUUUUUAUUUAUUAUAAGAAGAAAAUUGGGUUUUGUCUUAUGUUAUGGUAUAAGCUUUUAUAUACCUUUAGAUGUUGCAUUAUUCUGAAGGGAUAUUUUCCUUGUUCACAUUGCCUCAUCACAUCAAUAGUAUGCAAUUAGGUCUUGCAUUUUGUCAUAUUUGUUUAGGUAUUUAAAUUGCCUGGUUUGCUUCUCAGU